GAUCGUGACUUCGUUGAGUUUUCCCCCCCUUCUUGUUCAUCUUGAUCCUCGCCUAAAUCGUCUUUAUCUCUCGGAUACUAGGAAAUCUCCAGCGACGCCAAGAGACUGGAUGAGAUUUUCAAGCGACGGCUACGUAUGAUCGAGCUGGAAGACUCUGCCAUGCCUGAGCUGGUAAUCAGCAAGCAAAUCUCGUCAGAUGGUGAGAAAGAAGAUGAAGGUGCUCAGACUUCAACUAUCCGAGUUGAAAAACUGGAGAUAAAGAAAGAAAGUUCAUUGCUUAACGUCAAGUUAGAGAAUGAUAUCGAGCCUCUUGUCACCUUUGGAGCUCACAAAAGGAAACGUCUGACUCGAAGUCACCCUAAAGGAGCAAAAUUCUGUAGAACUGCAGGACAGAAGGAAAACGGUGCAGAUGGCAAGAAGAACAGGCUGACAAAUUGUGCAGCGAGAUGGUCUGCUAAAAGGUUUAAGUCCGCAGAGCAGAACAUGAUGGAUAUUAUGAAGGAAAAAGGGGCUUCUUUUGAUAAGCGAAUUUCACGUCAGGAGCUAAGAACUGCAGCACGGCAGCUGAUUGGUGACACCGGCCUCUUGGACCACCUACUAAAGCACAUUGAUGGUAAAGUGACGCCAAGUGGUGUUGAACGGUUUAGAAGGUGUUACAAUACAGACGGGACCUUGGAGUAUUGGCUCGAGAAUGCUGAUCUUGUCAAAAUUAAACGUGAAGCUGGGGUUCCAGAUACUAAUUGGGUUCCUCCGUCUUGGUGGAAGGAUGCCCCUGGAGAAUCUGCUGAGUUGAAGCUGCUUAAGGAAGACGUUGCAAAAAUGAAGAGUGAAAUCGAAGAACUCUUGUCCCAGCAAAAAUUACAAGAGCAGGCUGAUGCAAAUGAGAAAAUGUACAAGGAUUUGGUUAGCUGGAGGGCAAAGACUGAUCAACAAAUUACAAAGAUCUCAAAUUCUUUGACUUCAACUCAGGGCAUUUUCAAGGAAUUGAUCUCGUGGAAAGAUAAAGCAGAGCAGCAGUUGUUGGGAAUUUCAAACUCACUGAACAGUCUGCGAGCUUUAAAUGAUUGUGCUACCUUUAGUCCAGCUCCAGAAAGAUGGGAAGAUUGGUUUCAGAAUACCAACUUGGGUGAUAUUUUAGGGGAUGGUUUUGAACCAUUGUUUGGUAGUGCUGAUUUUAUCAACGCUCUACCAGGGGCUGUUAUGCAGGAACCCUUCUCAGUGCCACAAAAACCUUCUAAAAGCCCUUUUCAAGAUGUUAUUUGCUUUGAAGAACAGCCGUUGGUAAAUUCUGGAAUGCAAACAGCUAAGAGAGAUGCAUCUGGAACGUACAGCCAAGAUAAUGAUAACAUGGCUCCAGAUUCUUCAACCACUACUAACUCAAAAUCAGAUAUCGACACCACGACUAUUCUUUCUCAGGAAAUGUUGGAGUUGGUUGCUUGGAAAGCCAACGUGGAACAGCAGCUAACCGAGAUGUCAAACGCUGUCAUUGCUCUUCAAGGAAGGUGCUAAGUCUGAUUCUCUUUAACCAUGAGGACAGAAACAGUUGCACAGGUUGUCAGUCAAUGAGUUCUAACUAUCUCUUUUAACAACGAGGAUGGAAACAGAUGUACAGGGCUUCUGAAACCAGAAACAAAAGGUAAAAUAUAAAGAUCUAGAAAGUAAGUUAAGUUAACAGGUAGGUUUUGGCUACUGAAUCAUAGAAAAGUUCUCUCUAAGUUACCUUGUUAGAUCCCCAAAUUCAGCUGCUACCUAUGAUGUGGAUUUUAGAGGAAGUUUAGAGAGUUGCUCUCUCUUGUUUGGAGAGUUUAUAUUCUUCAUGAUGACAUGACAUUUUUAGUGUUAUUA